AGGGUGGGGCGGGGGCAAGUGUCAGUCAGGUCGGGAGCGCUACGGGGGACAGCGGGGACCCGGGUGGCUGACAGGGGGCCCGGGCCGCUACCGUGUUGUCCGCUCAAGAUGGAGUUCCUCCUGGGGAACCCGUUCAGCACCCCGGUGGGGCAGUGCCUCGGUUUUUGUGGAGAUUAAGUGAGAGAAUGUGUGUGAAGUCCCCAGCACAGUGUCCUGCAUUCAGCUGCUAUACUCAGACCUGUUGAUCGCUUCCAUCCCGCCUGAAAAGGCAACAGAUGGCUCCCUGCAGAGCGAGGACUGGACGUUGAACAUGGAGAUCUGUGACAUUAUCAAUGAGACAGAGGAAGGGCCAAAGGACGCCAUUCGAGCCUUGAAGAAGCGGCUCAACGGGAACCGGAACUACAGAGAGGUCAUGCUGGCAUUGACAGUGCUGGAGACGUGUGUGAAGAACUGUGGCCACCGCUUCCACAUUCUCGUGGCCAACCGGGAUUUCAUCGACAGCGUCCUGGUCAAAAUCAUCUCUCCCAAGAACAACCCUCCCACCAUUGUGCAGGACAAGGUGCUCGCUCUGAUCCAGGCGUGGGCUGAUGCCUUUCGAAGCAGCCCUGACCUCACCGGUGUUGUGCACAUAUACGAGGAAUUGAAGAGGAAAGGGGUCGAGUUCCCCAUGGCAGACUUGGACGCUCUGUCUCCCAUACACACACCACAGCGGAGCGUCCCCGAAGUGGAUCCAGCCGCAACCAUGCCCAGGUCCCAGUCGCAGCAGAGGACGAGUGCCAGCUCCUAUUCCUCGCCUCCUCCUGCUCCCUACUCCGCUCCGCAGGCCCCGGCUCUGAGUGUGACUGGCCCCAUCACGGCCAAUUCAGAACAGAUUGCCAGGCUUCGGAGUGAACUGGACGUUGUUCGAGGAAACACCAAAGUCAUGUCGGAGAUGCUAACAGAAAUGGUCCCCGGGCAGGAGGAUUCGUCCGAUCUGGAAUUGCUGCAGGAGCUGAACAGGACCUGCCGGGCCAUGCAGCAGCGGAUCGUGGAGCUCAUUUCCCGUGUGUCCAAUGAGGAGGUCACCGAGGAGCUGCUUCACGUCAACGAUGACCUCAACAAUGUCUUCCUCCGCUAUGAGAGGUUCGAACGAUACAGGUCAGGCCGAUCGGUGCAAAAUGCCAGUAAUGGAGUACUGAACGAAGUCACUGAAGAUAACUUAAUAGACCUGGGCCCAGGGUCUCCAGCCGUGGUGAGCCCAAUGGUGGGGAACACGGCACCCCCAUCUUCUCUCUCCUCUCAGCUUGCAGGCUUAGACUUGGGGACAGAGAGCGUCAGUGGUACCCUCAGUUCACUCCAGCAGUGUAAUCCCCGUGAUGGCUUUGACAUGUUUGCCCAGACGAGAGGGAACUCCUUGGCCGAACAACGCAAGACGGUAACCUACGAAGACCCUCAGGCUGUCGGAGGACUGGCGUCUGCACUAGACAGUCGGAAACAGAGCUCUGAAGUGAAGAGAGGUAAAGGUGGGGACUCUGACCUGGAGCCCAUAGACAGCUGGCUCAUAACCCAAGGAAUGAUCCCCGUUGCGCAGCCUUCUGUCAUGGACGACAUUGAAGUGUGGCUCAGGACGGACCUGAAGGGCGAUGACCUGGAGGAGGGCGUCACGAGUGAAGAGUUUGAUAAGUUCCUGGAAGAAAGAGCCAAAGCUGCUGAAAUGGUCCCCAGCCUCCCCUCGCCACCAGGGGAGGCCCCGGCCCCAGCCUCAAACCCCUCCGGCCGGAAGAAACCAGAGCGGUCAGAGGACGCCCUCUUCGCCCUGUGAGCUGGUCUGCGGUUCAGCUCCCCAGAAGGCAGGUCACCUCCUGUUCCCCCGGUCCACACAAGGCACUGGCCACCCACCCAUCUCCAGUCCCCACUCGGUCCUGUGCUGCUGUGUCUCCAUGGAAACGCCCCUGUGUUUGCUCCCAGGCCUCCCACUAGUCAGGACGAGCUUUAGCCACCUUCUUCUCUCUGGGUUGUGGUACAGCGCCGCUGCAGCCAGGGGCCCCCGCCCCUCCUGCCCACAGGCUCCCUGUGCCCAAAUGUCCUCCCUGGAAGAGCAGGCCAUGGGACCAUUUUCCUGAGGAGACACCUGGUCUGUCUUUUCUCUGGUCUCCCUCCCACAGAGAAGGGGGUCAGACCCCAGCCCCUUCCCCCAUGUGCCCCACCCCUGCCUGCCUCGGCAGCUCUCCUUGGACCGGCCUACCCUUCCAUGUCCCUGUUCCAGAAAGGGCUUGUCUGCACCUGUGGGCUUGGUCUCCCUCCCUGGAAUGCUGCUCCCUGACGCGUGUCACUCCGUGGCACUUGGCGUGCUCGGCACUUUAGAAGGCUCUGUGGGUGCCCGUGUGUGUGGCCUCUCGUCCUCUUGACCCUCUCUCCACCACGAAGCUGCUAGCCCAGGCCCCCGCCCAAGCUAGCUCUGCAGCUGAGCCUGGGACCAUGGGGUCCCCGCAGGCUCCUGGUGUGUGGAGGGAGAGCCAAGGACGGUUGCAAGAACGGCGCGCAACCUGCGGAUGGUGGUCAGGAGGCACACGGGUCCGCUCCCGCAGAGAUACACUACCGUAACCCAGACUGCGCCGUGCCCGCCGCACGCUGCCCUCACACAGCCGUGCCCGUCUGGAGGGGUUGCUCUGCCUGCUUGGGAAGGCUCGGUGGGCUUGUGAGCAUGCUGUGCUCAGGGCUUUGGCCUGGCCUGUGGUAGCCUCUGCCUCUCCCACCAGGGCCCAGCGGCAGAUGGCUCUGCGCCGUCCUUGGACAUCUAGUCUGAGGGGCCUGAGUGACACUAAGGGCCCUGCACUGCCCCUUGGAGUGGGUCUCCGCUUUCUCCACGUCCCGACAGCCUGCCAUCCUCCCCCCGCCUCAGACCCUGCCCCCCCGGCCACCGAUUUGUACCCUCUCUCCAAGCCGACCCGGAAGGCUAGCAGAGCCUGGGGUGAGAGCUAGGGGCUGACGACACCUGCUCCCGUCACCGGUGUGGCUCCUGGCCAUGGGCAAGGCGCUCGAGGCUUAGCGCAAGCCCAGGGUCUGCCUGCCCCACCCCUGUUCUGUGGUUGCCCAGGGGAAGGAAAACACUCUUGCAGCUGCUUCAAGCCAGCCUGUGAGUCUCUGGGGCCUAGGUCGGUGUCCCAGUAUGCACUGCCUAGGUGUCCAGGACACACGUGUUCUCGAGCCUUGGUGCCGUGAGCCCUUCCCACCUGGCAGCUGGAGCAGGGAGCUUGUUGACACAGGCCAACACCAGUGCUUCGGGCUCCGGGAGAAGCAUUCGGGGCCGGGCCUGGUUACCUCUGACGGAGAGCGAGGCGCCGCCCGGCCCAGAACCCCAUGCUCAGUCGCACGCCCCAGCUUCCCCGUGAGGGGAGGCCCAGGGUCUGGCUGGGGGCCUGUCUGGCAGGACCAGCCGGGGAGGUCGCACUCCAGUUCCUCAGAGGACAUGCAGGAAGCUGCUCCUCAGAAAUCGGAGCUCAGCCGGCCUGACUGCAGCCCUGCCCUCCGGGGCCGCCAGUGCCGUGCCGUCCACUCUCCCCCCAACCCUGACCCUCAGUCCGCCUGCACCUCCUCCACGUGGCUCCCAGGCAGACCCCCUGAGGCCUGCUUGGGUGUUCAGGUGUCUGAAGUGAGCCAGCUUGACCUGCGCUGCAGAGAAGUGGCUGGGAUGGUCCAGCCGCUAGCCCUGUGGCACAUCUGGAACACGAGUCUCUGUGAGGGCCAGGGGCCCGCCUUUGCAGCUGCGCCCCGGGGGUCGGUCCUACGGCAGCUGUGGCACCCUAGCAGCCGAGCCCAGCAUCCUCUGAGGGGAGAGCCAGCCUCCCUGCCUUGUAGAAACGGGAAAUCCCCACGAGAACAGGGUCGUGGGGGGAGAGGAGGCUCCUGGCAGUGAGUGAAGCCGAGGCCUGUGUCGGCCUGGGGAGACCCCAGCACAGCUGCUCUGUGCCCGUGGUUCAGAGCUGCCCCCCAACUCCAGGCAGGGCUCGGAGACACCUGCCAGCCCCGGGCAGCCGGUGGCGGUGGACCCUCUGAGGUGACAGGAAGGGUACUGGCCCACGCAGGAAAGCGUCACCUGCCUUUCCGGCCUGGAGUUGCCUUUACCUGGAGGCUGAGGUGACACAUGCUUGAGGCCUGCCCAAACAGCAAGUAGGGACUCAGGUGGCCUUAAGGGGGUGCUGCUCAGCCCCCAAGCCACCUGCUUAGGGGGGCGCAGGGCUCUGGCGGGCAAGCUGGCCAGUGCCUAUGCCUCAGGAGGGGGAGGCCCUCACGAGCCACCAGCCUCUCCACAAGUGUUAGAAAUCACAGAUACAGUAUGUGCUUAAUUACACUAAAUUGUUGCUGGGAUUCCUCAUAAGCACUAAUUAUACCUGAUUAUAGGUUAAAAUAUUUAUUUUGUCAAAAUAUUUUCUUGGGGAUGUGUUGAACCUUUUCCGCGUUCAUUGUGUGCUAAGAUGAGAAAACUAACCAUUGCUUCCUGCCUGCCUUUGGGGCCAGUGGGCAGCAGGGACCCAGGGCACUGGUGGGCUUCUGGCCGGCCUGCCCCAGAGCAGUCCCCUUCCGGGAACCCCACGCCCCGAGCAGGCCGACUGGGGCCAGGACGAGGCAUGGCCCACCUGCUUCUCAGCACGCACGGGAUAAGGGCUUUCUAAGCUGACAGGGGUUAUUGCUGGCGUGGGCCAGAGGGAAGGGUGAUUGUCCGUCCAUUGUCUGUCGUCCUGUCUGUCAGCCCUAUCAGCGUGAGUGACCAUGCUGUCUGCCUUGGCUCACUGCCCUUCCCCGGUUCACCCUGGGGUCCAGAGCAAGGGGGCUUGGGGAGGUGUGGGGCCUGCACUGUCACGCAAGGCCCCCAACUGGGAGAGUGGUGGCCGGGGCUCUGGAUGGCCCGGGGGCUGCAGGCACCCUGUGGCAGACAGCUGCUCGGCCUCCCACCCACCGGCUCCUCUUCCUUCCUGCCACCCACCCCUACUUUACCUCCCUGUACACCCGUUUCUGACUCAGUCCGGCCCAGCCUUCUGGAUGGUUUGAGGGGGGCUGUGGGGCUUGCUGGGGCCAAGUUCCAUGCAGGAGUCCUGUGGCCUCAGCCAGCCCCCCGUGAGCCUCUCCCCCCUGUGCUGUUAGGACGCCAUCUGCCCCCGUGGGGAACAGCCAGCCACACCCCCAUGGCUCAGGGUGUGUGCGCAUCCAGAAGAUGCCCCUUGCGGUACCCGCCUUUCCCAGUGCCCACCUCCCGCCCCCCCAUCCAGGGGCGUCCACGCCGGGCUUCCCCUGCAGCCGGCAGCCCCUGGGGACAGCUGUCAACCCCAGAGUUACACUCCUCUCGUGUAGAAAGGUCUCUAGGCUCUCCUGGAGAACGGGGGGUGGAUGUUUAUUUUCUAAAGUUUGCACUUCAUUUGUGAGGGUCUCAGGAUUGUUGGGGGCUGUCGCGAAGAGAACCGUGUUGCGUCUGUUGUCUAGCUGUCCCCGGAGUCUGGCGUUCCGUCCCUGUUGUGCGUUUCUGCUGGCAGAGCCGGUUCCGAAGGGCGGGGCCGUGCACUCGAGGCUGAGCGUCCGUCCACCCACUGGCUCUCCUUCCAGAUGUUGUUUCUCUAGUUUGGGUUCUUGCAUGUAAAAUACUCGACAAUAAAGAAAUGAACAAACAA